GAUAAUUUCUAUAUAUAUUGUAUUGUUAUCUGAAAAAUAUUUUAGUAAACGUUAAAAACAUAAAUUAUUUAAUUAAACAUUCAUCAAAUAAUUUUUUUAAUUAUAUAAUUAAAAUAUAAUAUUGAGUUAUUUUAAGAUUUAUUUUAGUAAUGAAUAUAGUGUACAAAUAACUUUUCAAAAAUUUAUGAAAAUGUUUAAGCCCGCAUCGCGGGCAAAACACCUAGUUUUUCUCAUAUAUCUAGAUAAAUUUUAAUCAGCAAUCUAAACCUAAAUUUCUCAAAUAAAUAAAUUAUAUUUGGUUGUUUUAUAUAAACAUUAUAUUUGGUUGUUUUAGAUAACCAAAUCUAAACAUGUUUUUUCGCCAACUGCCAAAUCGAGUUUUUCAUUAAAACAGUAAAAUCAUAUUUUUCACCAAAAUCACAAAUCGUGUUUUCUCGACAAAAAAACACAAAAUUGAGUUCUUUUUUCAACCAAAAUCCCAAAAUCGAUUUUUCCACCAAAAUCACAAAUCGUGUUUUCCAGCAAAAUCAAAAAUUAUGUUUUCUCUCUAAAAAAAAUCAAUUUCCCACAAAAUAUCAAGAUCAUGUUUUCUUGCCAAAAUGCAACAUAGAUGAAUGGGAAAUAAUGAAGCAUUGAAAAAGAUGAAUGGGAAAUACAAUAUUUGUUUGAAAAUUAAGAAGGAAACAAAUCUGUAUAUGAAACUUUACAGUUGUAUUUAUACUUUGGAUCUAAAUGGUGACAUAGGGAAUUAAGAGGAAUAGUCAAUUCCUACUCAUUCUUUAAAAAAAUAUACUAUUAAUGAUGAAUUUUCGUUGCGUUUAAUUCCUUGUCAUUCUUUGAAUUUUAAGGAACUAUAGAAGAAAAACAUUCAUUAUCAAAAUUGAUAUAGAAGAAAAAGAAUAAAUAUUUAUUUUUAUUCCUUUUAUUUUGUUCCUAUUCUUAUUUUAAUGGUCACUAGUUAGAACCUUUGUAUAUAGAUACAUAUAAUGUAUAUACUGUUAGGGAAAGAAAUCAAUUGAGAAAGGUAUACUGUUGACCAAAAAAAAAAGAUAAUGAAUAUCAACUUAAGAAUAUACCGAGUAAUCAGAUUUUUGCACUCCAAUGUUGGGUAUAUAUGCAUGCUAUUCUCAACAACUUAAGAAUACACUGAGUUCAUAUUUACAUAACGUGAGUACGCAUGUCUGUAUAUGUCUAUGCUUGCUGUUUCGUUUGUUUCCCUUCUAACGUUGCUUGUGAUUUCUCAUCACUCUAGAAUUUGUUUGUUUUCUAGUUAUAUUUUGUAUUCAUGUGUAGCUUGUAAAUAUGUAAUAUGUUUACAAUGUUUCUUCUUCACAGAUUUGAAGCGUCUAUAUUUUGUUGAAGGACAUAUAGGUGUAAAUCGUUCAUAUAUAAGGAGUAAAGUUCAACUUCAGCCACUCAAUAAAAUUGUCUUUUAAGAUUAGUUAUCUAACAACGAAAUGAAUUGGUUGGUUGAACAAAAUUGAAUUUUAUAUGUUUCUAUGACCACGUUAAUUAGGAGGGAACGAGCUCCAUGCGUUUGCAACAACUAAUUAGAGAUGCCAUAAGUUUUACCCAUUAUAAUAGUUUAAUUAAGAGUUAUAGCAUGCCAAAGAAAUCCGACAUCCAUGAGAGACUAAAUGGCAAUUACACUUACAACAUCCUGAUUGACGAUGUUUUAUGGAGAUGCAGGUCCCCUUAAUACUAUAAUCACGACAAAAAGCAAUGUCUCUCGUGGAUCAAAUACUUGGCGAAGGAGCAGUGGCGGAUUUAUCUGUGUGGGAAAACAAGAUAACAUCAGGCAUCACACUUGUAAUGGCCACACUUAUCUGGUUCCUAUUUGAGAUCAAGGAGACUGAACCUGUACCCUUUCUAUGUUCGAUCUUGUUACUCCUGAUCCUGCUUCUCUUCAUCUGGGUCAAGUAUGGACACCUCCUUUUCAUUUGGAGACCUCCCACUCCUGAAGAGCUCCAACAAGAAGAUUCCCCAGUUAGAGCCUUAUUUUCAGAGAUCGAAGGUCUUCUCUUGAUGCUGUACGAGAUUGCAUAUGGGGAAGACAUCAAAACCUUUAUAUGGGCCAUCCUUUAUGUGGCCAUCAUAUACACCAUUGGGAGCUACAUCAACCUCCUCACAAUUUUUUAUAUAUGCUUGGUCUGCUUGCUAACGAUUCCAGUUUUGUACCUGCAAUAUCAAGAGGUCGUUGACAAUUUCAUUGGAGAGGUAUCAGAAAUGAAGAAUAAGACACUUCGAUUAUUUAACUCUAGGGCCACGAAGAAGAAGAAGAAGUUGUACUAGGUCAUGUGAUUUUGCGCUAUACCAAAGCAAACCGUAUAUGCUUUAUUAUCAUUGUUGAGCUAAUUUGAUUUAGUAGGGAUACUUGGACACUGUAUCAUUUUAGUAUUUAAAAAUCCGUAGAUGAUUAUAAAAGGCCAGUUAAAUCUGAAACUUGCAAUGCUAAUAUUAAGGAAACAAUCUAGAUAAUGAACCAACUCAGUAGAAUGUAAAAUCUGCAAUAAACAAAGAAGGAAGAUUGCUUCUUUGCAGAACCUCUGAAGAAUGUAUGUGGAAAAUCCACUUUAACACACAAUAAAAGAAGCUCAUGUUCUGUCUUUUUUCUUCUUUUUCUGAAACACAUAAACAUUGUUACCAUGCAGUAUAAAAAGAAGAUACAGCAACCAGUGGCGGAGGGAGGUAGAAAGGAAGGGGGGGGGGGGGCAACUGCCUCCUAUAAAAUAUUGAUUUUUUGUGCAUUUUUAUUGAUUAUUCAAAAUUUAUAUGGUUUAGAUGGUAAUUUUUUUUAUUAUUGCCCCCUAUAAAUUAAGUUCCAAACUUAUAUUGCCUAAGGUAAAACUUUUGUCUGGCUCAUCCACUGACCGCAACAUAUUUAAUAAUCAUGAUUUUUUCUUUGUCUUUUGGCUUCUAUUAGAAACCUAAUUCAGUUUGUGUAUUAUUUUGUCUCAGAGAGACCAGAUGGUUGAACCAGUGUCUGAUGGACAACAUUGAUAUGGUUCUGCAAAGACAAUCGACAAAGAAGUAAAAAGAAUGUUGAUUUCGUCUUCGUGUUUUGGCUUGUUUUAGAAAUCUCAUUUAGUUUGUGGUUUACUUUGGCUCAGAGAGACAAGAUGGUCAAACCAUACGACAUGGAUAUAUAUGGCUCUGCAAAGAAGUUUGACAGACAAGUAAAAACUCACAAGACAUGGAAUCAUAUGUUUUGCCAAAAUCACACAAUCUGUAUUUUAUUGCUAAAACCGUAAAAUUGUUUUCAGCCAAAAUAACAAAAUUGAGUUUUUGCCAGUAUAUUUAAGAAUCAUGGUGAGUCUGCUGUAUUAACAGAUGGAGAAAGC